ACACAUAGUCGCGUUAUGUUUUAAAUGUACACUUCUUAAUGCAAUCUUUUUUUAUUUAAAAGAAAAAAGUCAUUGCCAAUAAGAAUGAAGCAUUGUUAGAAAGACAAGAAAAUGGGAUAAUAGAAACAGAAUGAAGCAGACCAAGAUGUAUUCCUUGAAGGACUCCGCCACCGGCCAGGGAGAAGCAUGUACAUUUAGUUGAUGUGAGAUUUUCGGACAUACAAGUCGGUGAAGAGACAAACUCUACUUUAUUACCAUUGCGAUGUGAGUAAGAUCGGCCAUCUCUAGAAAAAAAAAAAGAAGAAAAUAAUGGCGCCCAAGAAAAGCAAGAAGAAAGGGAAAAAGAAAAAAAAAUCGAGUGUCAAAUCUAGCGAUGGUUUUUUUUGGAAUAUUAAUCCGCCAAUACCGAUCAAUGCUUACAGCAAUAGGAAAUGGCAUGAAGUUCAAUUGGAUAUCAAUCGAAUGAUUUUAGAAGAAAAUGCUUUGUUUUUUAACAAGAAAGGAAAACCAAAAGAACCUAAGCCAAUCAAAAACAGAGACAAGGCUUUUCAGUUUUGUGUCAUAAAGUAUUUAAAAUAUAUUUUGAUAGCUCGACGUCUGGAAGAGUGCUACACCUAUAUGAUCCACCCACAGAAACGUCUGCUUGUUAAAACCUGUCUCUCUGGCAUAUUUACACGAAUUUUGGAGCUGAAGGACUUGAUGAUAGGACUUGAUGACCGAGAGUUUCAGUUCUUCGAUGACGUGCUUCAAGAUUUAAACCUCACCCCGGAGGACGUUGUGCUACCCAUCCCAAAAUACUUCCAUGAUGAUAGAUACGAUGUCUACAAGAACAGGGAGCACAUUCUGUUAACUAUCCUUCAGAAGCUAGAAACGAAUGAAAGAACCGACAGACAUUCUGCAGUAACUAUGAACAGAGAACAAGCUGUUCUUCUUAUCCAAAGACACCAAAGAGCCUACAUGGGGCGCAUUAGGUUUUACCAGACCGCGUGCAAACUUUCGCAGAUGAGAAAUAACUAUGAACUGAUCCGGAAGGCAGCUGAUCGCUGGGCAUGCUACGUGUACAAGAUCAAGAGUAAACGUCUGCGCGAAGAGGAGCAACAAUUUCUGGGUAUGUUAUCAAAGCCCACUGACAGCAUGCAAGCCAUUUUAAAGGACCAAGAGGAGCACAUAGCUAGGAAUAAGAAAAAGGUAGAGGAUAACAUCAACUCGUAUGAGUACGAUAAGAUUAUGCUUGAAGAUGAUAUAUUGACCAGAGAAGGGCCGAGCAUGGCAGAAAAUCUCAAGUACAAUAUUAUACAAUGGCUACUUGAAAUCAAAAACCUUGUUGGGGUUUUCCCUGACUUACCAGACGAAGAAAUGGGUGGAAGCAGUUUUCUGUUCAGCUCCAAAACUGUAAGACAGGUUGAGGAAGACAUUAGAGAAAUGUUUGACGACAAUAAGUCGAAGAAACCAGCUAAAAAGGAAUCCAAGAAAAAAGAAAAGAAACAGAAAGAAACCAAGAAACCCAAAAAAGGUGAAGAAGAAGAAUUUGAAUGGACAAUUCCCCAAUCUCAAGUCAUGCCGUUGUUGACAGAGGAAAAGGAGGAGUACAUGAAAUACUGGUUUUAUAAGGACGACUCCAAGAACAUCCACCAGAAACACGAUGCGCAAAUAUUAAAAGAGGCAAUACGUCUGAAAAUAGCAGAGCAGAUUAGAUUAGAAGUGGAUAAGUUGAUGCGAUUUGAGCUUGAAAAUAUGAAGAUAUCGAUAGAGAAAGCUCCACUGGUCAAGAAAAAGAGUAAGAAGAAAGACAAAAAGAAAAAAGGAGGGAAAAAGAAGAAAGGUAAAAAAGAGAAAGAUUUGACCAAAGAUCGGACUAUGGAAGAUCUCUACCAAGAGCUUGUUUUGAAUGAAAUCAUUAAGAAACCGGAUCCCAUUCAUCUCUCGGAAUUUCUUGGCGCCUUCUGCUACUCCGGGACAAAUACUCAGGAAUCCAACCUCAACCCAUUGCCCUCACUGGCAGACGUAAGACGACUUGUCACUGAGUUCGCCAUACUUCCGCUCGGCUCAGAAGAUAUUCAUCAAUUGGCUCCGUUGAACAGAUCUCUUCUCUUAGCUGGAGUUCGAGGAACUGGCAAAAAGAUGCUUGUGAACAUUAUCUGCCAUGAAGCUGGGGCGAAUCUCUUUGACUUGACUCCGACUAAUUUGAUGGGCAAGUAUGACUCUAAAGCCGGAAUGAAAAUGUUAAUGCAUCUUAUUAUGAAGGUCGGUAAGGCGCUGGAACCUUCAGUGUUUUGGAUUGACCAGUGUGAGAAAAUGUUCCUGAAAAAGAAAGACAAAACCGAUCCAGCGAAGCCAACGAAAUGGGUUAAAAUUCUUAAUAAAACAAUCAAGAAAAUCAAGAAUGGUGAUAGGAUGUUGUUGAUUGGAACCACUAAGAGACCCAAUCUGGCCAAACAGAAAUCACUUGCUAAAUUCUUUAAAAAGACAAUCAUUGUUCCCUUGCCAGAUUAUGGAAGUAGAUAUCAAAUUUGGCAGCAUUUUAUUGGUGAACUUGCAGGAUUGUCUCAUUAUGAGGUGGACAAUAUGGAUUUUUCUUCACUCACUAAGGUGACUACAGGCUUUACUGUCAACGCCAUCAAAGAAACAUGUCAAGAUGUAUUGACUAAAGAACGAGUCGAUGCCAUGAGAAACAAACGCAGCGUUCUGAAGCCAAUAGAGUUUGUGUAUAAGAUCGCCUGCUUUGAACCGAUCUAUCGAGAGGAGCACGAGGACUUCCUGGACUGGUACAACAAGACACCGCUGGCCAAGAAACGUCUGGACAGACUGAUGCCAAGUGGCGACCAGGGGAAAGAGAACAAGGGGAAAGCAAAGGAGAAAGGGAAGAAAAAGAAAUGAAUAGUUAUCUUACCUUUUAGGAAGAAUUAUCUUUCAUUGAAUAAAGUAUAUUUGUUUACUUUGUAUUCAUCUGUGUGGACUGAAUAGUGGGAACAAUCUUUACGCAAACUGAAGAGUAUUAAAAAAAUAAAUGUCAAGUUUCGUUAUU